AUGGCUGAGAACAUGACUCGAGCAGCCGAGGCACAUGAACUCCAUCGACAAGGUGUAUUCAAUGAAGCUCUAACGUACCUUCGAGACGGGCUCGCUCGGGAACUUGAAGUGGCCCGUGCGCAAAUGACGAAUGAAGCAAACGAGGCAUUCCACGUCGAGGUGAAGAAGAACGAGAAUGAAUGGACCUCCCGGAUGCAGGACCUUCAAGAACGGUUGACGUCGGAAUGGGAAAGCCAGAAGGCGCUUAUCCUCCGGGAAAGGAUUCUCAGGUAG